AGGACAUGGUAAAAUCACGAGUGUGGGACUAUUUUCUGAAACUUCAAGAUGGCCGCAACAAAUGCAAUUUAUGCAACAAAAUUUUGGCGAGAGGGAGUAGAGGUUCAACACAUAACCUUAUCAGUCAUUUGACGCGAGUUCACCCAAAAGAAUAUGUUCUUCAAGAAGAGCCACCAGUUAUGAUAGCUCAGGAGGAUUCUUCGGAAUUCAGUUUUCAAAGUAACAAUAUGAAGACUGAAGAUUUCACAAUGCAAUCAUUUUUUGAACCAGAAUUCAUGAAACUGUAUAAUGAUAACAAUAUCACCAAGUCUAUUAUGGAAAUGAUUUGCAUGGAUUCAAUGCCAAUGACGACGACUGAUCGAGCAGGAUUCAAGCGAUUUAUGACAAGUGUAUGUCCGGAUUAUGAGUUGAAAAGUCCCUCAUCAAUGAUAUCAUACGAGUUGCCAAAAUUGUAUCAAGAGUACGAAGACCAACUAAGAAUGGAAUUGAAUUUGGCUGAGCACGUUGUUCUCUCUGUUGACAUUUGGUCCGACAAAGGUUCGAUACAGGAGAUGAUUGGAGUUACUGGAAACUUUUUGAAAAACGAGAAAGUAGUUCGUCGUACAAUUGGAGUUAUCAACUAUCAAAAGGACGUACACAACGGAGUCUAUGUUGCUGCUGAACUUGAUAACCUGAUGGCCCGGUUCAAUUUAAAUGGAAAAGUAGAAGUUGUCUGCAGAGAUUACAAUUCAAUUGUAGAAAAUGCAUGUGACCAUUUGAAAAUUUCUUCAGUUAAUUGCUUCAAUCAACAGCUACAUUUGGCAGCUUGUGAGGCAAAAUCAAAAAUUGGACAAAUAAACAGAGUUUUGUUGAACUGCAAGCUACUUGUCAAAAAUUUGAAAAACAGUUCUGUCACCUGGCAAACAUCAGAGAAAAUCCAAAGUUUAAUGGAAAUUCCAAAUUUGUGCCUCAAUCAUUGCUCAGACGAAUGUUGGUGUUUCUUGCAAGAAUUCUUUGGGAGGGUCAUAGAAUGCCAACAAGUGAUUGAAGAACUUCAAAAACUGCAAUCGAGCGAUUGGGACCUUAUGAGAGAUGUCGUGGAAAUUCUGGCACCACUUAGCAAGUUUUCUAAAUUAUCAGAGUCAAAAGAGUCGUCUGCUUCAGUGAUCAUUCCAUACUGUGAUUAUCUUGUGAAAGCAUACGAAUCAACACAAAAUCAGCCGGAAGCAUUUUUGGCAGUUAAAGAACACAUGGAAAGAGAGCUGCACAAAUACACAUCUUGCCAGUACUUGAAAUUUUCCACUCUACUUGAUCCGCGAUAUAAGGAUUUAUAUACAAACGACAGUGACACUUCCAAUUUGAUAAAGGCCAUUGAAACUGAAUUUGAAACGAUGGAUUACAAAAACAGAACAUUUGAAGAGAUUUCUUCAGAAUUGUGUGGACCAGCUCCAAAAUCUCAGAAACUUGAUUUUGACGCUUAUAUACAGGAAAAAAUUAAAUCUCGCGGCAAACAUAACGCAUUAACUGGUGAAAAAUUGACCGUGAGAAUGGAAGUGACUCGAUAUCUCUCAACAGCCGUUGAAGAUGUAACGCCUAGAGAUUUCUGGCUAAACGAUGUGACAAAAGCUUCUUAUCCAAGACUUGCCAAAUUCGCUCGACGUUUUAUAAUUUGUCCGACGGGAUCUAGUGCAGCCGAGAAACUAUUUUCAACAGAUCGAGCGACUAUGGAUGAGUACAGAAAUACUUUGUCUGAUGAAAAUUUGAAAAUGCUCAUUUUUUUGAACAAAAAUAUUUCUUCAAUGACUGAUCUUGAAUUUGAAACAGAGCGGGACCUACAUGACUAAUUAUUGAUCUAAUGAUUUUAUUUAUUUGUUACUGAAAAUUUCUGAUUUUUUUUUGUUUUCCAAUAAAAAUCUUUAUACUUUU